AUGCCGCCGCAAAAGCGCCAAAACCGGCCGUGCAGCCUGGCUGCGUUGCGUUUUUUGUGCAGUGCGAAAGGAGCUGCUCCCCAAGUGCGACUGAGUCGCCCUUCUAGCGUGAAACCGCAUCUGCGGUGUUACAGCGUCGUUGGUAGCUCGGCGUUGACGGCGGUAGUGGUAAACUGCCCGUAUGGCGCGUCGAUUACAUUCGUCGCAGGCGAGGCAGAGCGCCACGAGGCGAACAAAAACCGAUUGCCCUUUCGGCUAAUGGAACUGGGAUCGGGGUUCAGAGCUAUCUGCAGUCGUGUGCUUUCGCCAAAAAUCAAUAACGGGCACGAGUUCAGCACCAGACACUGGAUGGCUGCAUCGGCGCCUUUGCAGCAGCCCGUGCGCCCAGCGCUGUGGCUGAGGCCCAGUCUGGAAAGCCUCUCUACGAAUCCCGACGGAGAUGACGACGACGACGACGACGAUGAUGAUGAUGAUAAUGAUAAACGACGUGUCACGUGCUGCACAAGCAACGUCGUUGCUUACAAAUCCGGGGGCGGCAUUCGGUCUGAGGUUCUCCCCAGGAUUCCCAUUGUCCCGGGGUGUCUGCAUCGGUACCUUUCGACGGAUACCAUUGUCGCCAUAAACCACGUACCUCUAUUUCGUGGGUUUGCAGGCGCGGACGCUACUGCGCUGAGUAGCUCCCGUAGCAUGAGACGUAACCAAGCAAGCCGUUACCUGUGCACCAUUCUGCCAGCAUCUGCCAGUGGAGCGUGGUCGACGUAA